AUGAUACCGCUCUCCAAGUUGAAGAGCCUCAGAUUGGUCUGUUUACUAUCUCCUUCUACAUUUGCUUCCAGAACUGAAAUAUUGAUUGCUGGAGAUCUAAAACCCUCACAUUUUUCUGUUCAAAAUCGGAUACUCUGCAGACAGUUCACCUCAGAAAUCUCAGAAGACCAACACAGUUUCACCGUCAAUUACCUCAUAAACUCAUGCGGGUUGUCGCCAGAAGAUGCGAUUUCAACAUCCAAGUGGAUCAAGUUGCAGUCCCCAGAAAAUGCAGACACCGUUUUGGGUCUUCUGAGAAACCAUGGAUUCUCUACAAUCCAGAUCUCAAAGUUUUGCAAAACCCGCCCACAACUUCUUUUAGCCAGGCCUGAGCAAACCCUUUUGCCAAAGCUUGAGUUUUUCAGCUCUCUUGGAGUUUCAAGGGAGGACCUCGCAAAAACGCUGGUUCUGAAUCCAAAUCUUUUGCAAAGAAGCUUGGAGAAACAGCUUGUGCCCACUUAUAAUUUCCUGAGGAGUCUUCUUCCUGAGAAAAAUAUCGUUUCUGUUUUCAAGUACAACUCGUCGAUUUUCUUGCAAGCCCACACCAAGAAAGUAGUGCCAAAUAUCGCGAUUUUGAGAGAAUUAGGUAUGCCUGAAUCAUGCAUUUCUCUGUUGCUAGCUCAUUGUACGCAUGCUUUGAUACAUGAUACUGAAAGUUUCGCCAAGUUGUGA